GCAGACACUUGCAGACAGGAUCCACUGUGUGGUGUAUGUGAUGGACAGCUCAUCACCUGGAUUUCUGCACCCAGACACAAAGAAGAAAGUUGAUCAAAUACGAGAGGAUUGUAGAUUGCAAAAGGUCCCUCUAGUAGUGCUACUGACCAAAGUGGACAAAGCGUGCCCACAUGUGGAGAAGGACUUGAAGAAUGUGUACCGCAGCUACUAUAUAAGAGAUCUGAUCAAAAAGGCAAGUGGAUGUCUGGGCAUUGCGGAGUUGAAUGUGCUUCCGGUGCAGAAUUACUCCCAUGAGAUUGAGCUGAAUGACGCCUGUGACAUCCUGCUCCUCACCGCCAUGAAGCAGAUGCUCAACUUUGCUGACAAUUACUUAGACAACUUUGAUUAGGACACUCAGUAGAGAGACACCAUUGAUUCAUCGUAUUUGGGGUCAGUGCCAACAGCUCAUUCUGAUGGUGUCGAGAGCUGCCGCCCAGGUGUUUGUGUCCUGCAGUCUACAGAUAUAAUCAUACGCAUUAAUAAAAUGACUCCUGCGUGGGUCACUGUCUGUCUCAGUCUUAACUAUGGUUUGGUUCAGUUUUCUAUGCCUAUAUUUUGAGUUUUCUUCAGUGUCUCUGCCAGUUUUAUUACUAACCUGUAGGUUUGGAAAUGAUCAAAUAAACUGAAAUAAAAUGGUCUCAUAUUCAA